AUGCCAGACAAAGUUGUUAGCGUCUUAAAAAGGCAUCUGUUCCAGGACUCCGGCAGUGCCGAGUACGACAGUGAUUGGUCACCGGUGGUGCUGGUGCUGUUCAACUGCUGCGCGGAUGCGGAUUCUCCAAUAAUCGACUUUUAUCCUGAAGAUUUCAAAGUUGACCUGAACGGCAAGAAAUUUGCUUGGCAAGGAGUCGCACUUUUACCGUUCGUUGAUCCCGACCGCCUUCAGCAGACCCUUAAAAGUGUCUAUCCUAUGCUUACGAAGGAGGAAGAGCAAAGGAACAUUCGUGGACAUGAUCGCCUUUUCGUCAGUCGAGUGCAUCCGCUUUUCAGUGUUUUUGUCAGCCUCUGCCACUCAAAUCAACACAUCAAGUGGAUGAAACUUAACAGUGCUGAUUUUCCACUGAUAUCUGGUGACAUUAGUUAUGAUCCAACUGCGGUUUCCACUGGAAGCACCGUUGAGAGCCCUCUUCCUGGCUGUAGCAAUAUUCCGUCGAACACCGUUAUAAGUGUACACUUUCGUGAUCCUCUGUUUGAUGUGGACUUCGUAUUUCCUGCAGUUCGAUUACCGGGGGCGAUGUAA